CGCCAAAUUCUCUCUUUAUUUUCCAUUCAUUCCAAUUCACCCUUUCAAUCAAAAUCAGUUACUCUCUCUCUCUCUCUCUCUGCAGUUUCGUUCUUCAACUCUAACUUUGCUCUCUCUUAUCUUUGUCGCGCACAAGUACAAAAACCUCCAUUGACUAUUGACCUAAAACUCAUCCACAAUUGCAAAUUACCAUUAACACCCUCAAUUUCAAGCUUCACUGAACCACAACAGAGUUAAGCUUCUGAUUUUUGCAUUAUGAGGAGGCUCUUCUGCUGAUUUGUGAACCUCUGUAGUACUUGCAGUCUGCAAGAUGAUGUCAUUGUUUGAAGAGGGAUCAAAGAAUGGUUCGUCAAGCUGAUUUAGUAAUUCUUGGUGUCUCUGUUGGUUUGGCCCUUGGAAUUCUGAUAUCUUGUGCCAUAUUUUUUGGCAUAAGGUGGUACAAGAAACGUGCGAAUACUGGACGAUCUGCAAAUGAGAAUAGUGUAACAACUCUUCCAAUACGAACAAAUGGAUUGGGAACAAGCACUGACAUCAGUGCUUCUAUAACUAGUUCCAUAGCUCCUUCAAGAUAUGAUAAUGUACAGAAAAAUUCUCAUUUCAGCUGGUGGAGUAAUCAAAGCAAAGAUCGUUUUGCUUCAGCAUCAGGCAUUUUAAAGUACUCGUAUAGAGAAAUUCAAAAGGCAACACAAAAUUUCACAACUUCCUUGGGGCAAGGAUCAUUUGGCACAGUUUAUAAAGCCACAAUGGCUACAGGGGAGGUGGUAGCUGUGAAGGUUCUUGCGCCUAAUUCCAAACAAGGGGAGAAAGAAUUCCAAACAGAGGUGCUUCUGCUUGGAAGACUGCAUCAUCGAAAUCUUGUGAAUUUGAUUGGAUAUUGUGUAGAUAAAGGACAGCGCAUACUUGUCUAUCAGUUCAUGAGUAAUGGAAGUUUAGCUAAUCUUUUAUAUGGUGAAGAAAAACAAUUGAGUUGGGAUGAUCGGCUACAAGUUGCUCUUGAUAUUUCACAUGGAAUAGAGUACCUUCACGAAGGGGCAGUUCCACCUGUCAUACAUCGUGACUUGAAGUCUGCCAACAUAUUACUAGAUCACUCAAUGAGAGCUAAGGUUGCUGACUUCGGGCUGUCAAAGGAAGAGGUAUUUGAUGGCCGGAAUUCUGGUCUGAAAGGUACUUAUGGUUACAUGGACCCCGCAUAUAUUUCGACAAGCAAGUUAACAAUGAAGAGUGACAUCUACAGUUUCGGUGUCAUAAUAUUUGAGCUCAUCACUGCCAUCCACCCACAUCAAAACUUGAUGGAGUACAUUAACCUUGCUGCUAUGGAUCACAAUGGUGUAGAUGAAAUUCUUGACAAGCAACUCGUUGGAAAAUGCAACCUUGGAGAAGUGAGGCAGCUUGCUAAGAUUGCGCACAAAUGCUUGCAUAAAUCACCUAAGAAACGCCCUUCGAUAAGCGAGGUUUCACAGGGCAUAUCGAGGAUAAAGCAAAGGCGGCUGCGCCAUAUGAUGGAAGCUUCCAUGUCAUUUGCCAGCAACAACUUUUCGAGAGCCGUUAGUAGAUUGGAAGAUCAACAACUUGAGUUGAGUAGAAUAACCCCCAGAACCACCAUUAGCAUAGGAGAAACUGGAUGAAAAAGACCUUUGUGGAACAACUAAUUUAAUGUAACAACUAGUAUAUGCAAAAAUAUGGAGUUAAAAAAAGAAUCAAAGUAUAAUCAAAAGUUUAAGGCUAAUUGUGGUGCAUUCUUGGCUGAUUUAAAUGAGAAGAGGGCCAAAUUAACCAUUGUUAUAUAUCUGAACACCAAUCCACUCACCACCCGCUACCUGGUUUUCCUGCCACUAUGAUUGCUCCUCCGUGUUACAACCUUCUUCCUUCCCCACUCCUCCGUAAUUUGACAAUGGUCUUCUAAUUUAUUUCCUUUGUGAGGAAAUCCUUGUUUAACGGUUAAUUGCAGUUGUGGUCUAGUUGAGAUGGCACAUUACCAUGCUUUCUAAAAUGCUGCACUCGGAAAAAAUACUGCCCUCGAGUUUGAACUUUGACAAAGCCAAAUGGUGAAUAGGAACCUUUAAAAUUGUGGAUAUUUGAGUAUGUAGUGUGGGUGACUUUGUGAUGUAAUUAUACCUAUUAUUGCAGACUGUCUAAUC